GGGUGUGUGGCAUAACUUUGUGCUGUGUGUAGCAGCAUUGUCUUUCCUCUUCCUGUUGCCUGUCUUCCUGUUUCCUGUUUACUACACUGGGGCUGGAGCCCUCGUCACCGAGGUGGUGCAGGGCUCUCCUGCAGACGGUCCUAGAGGUCUGUCAAUAGGUGACAUGGUGACCGGGCUUGAGGAUUGUGAUGUCAGAACAGUAGAGGACUGGAACUCCUGUCUCACAAUCCACACUCACACACCCCAGACUGGAUACUGUGUCCCAACACACACCCUGCAACCCAGCUGGGCCCACGGUCGAGUCUACAGGAGGUUGGAUACUUCUAUAGAAUGCUGCAGUAACAACAGUCUGACUGAUCUCUGCUUCUCCUACACCAAACUACAGGAGAAGGAGUAUGCGUGUCUCCCGGCUCGUAAGAUGCUGUCUGGCAGCCGUGUGUGUCGCAGCAACGCAGACUGCCUCACACACACACAUCUUGACACAGACCCUGACACACACUCACCCAGUGUCUGUGUCACACCUUCACUGGAGAACCAGACCAGGUUGAUCCGCCUUACUCAUCCACCCAAUACACAGAUGCUGUUUGUGGGGUACCCUCCUCACCUCCAAUAUGCAGUCAGUCUGACCAACUUUGCUCCUCGCUUCGGCUUCCUGAACCUGGACCUCCCUGUUGUCAUGGAGACCUUCUGCAAAUACGUUGUGUCCCUGUCUGGAGCGUUAGCCGUGGUCAACUCUGUUCCAUGCUUCGCCCUUGACGGCCAAUGGAUGCUCUCCGCUCUGCUGGAGGCCACGCUGGUCACUGUGGUUACAGAUCGGCAGCACCGCGAACUGAUUGGCUUUUUCCUGUUGCUGGGAGGAAGUGCUCUGCUGGCUGCUAAUGUAGCGCUGGGGCUGUGGAUGGUUACUGCCCGGUAACGGUAACUAUGACUACCAACCACCACCAACGCCUCCAUGGCAACCAACGCCAAGAGACUAUCUCCCGGGGUGCUGUGCCGUGCCUCCGCACAAAGGCAUUGUGGGUCUCUUCCUGCUCGUCUCUGAGAGAAAGACUCCAGUUCCCAUCAGGCACUGCGGUGCACAUGGUGACUAAGGGAUGCUGGGGAAAUUUUGUGUUCAGCUGCACCUUCUCUGCUCUCGUGUGUGUGUGUGUGUGUGUGUGUGUGUGUGUGUGUGUGUGUGUGUGUGUGUGUGUCGCGUCACACGCGCUGUGAAGAGGUAUGUGUUUCUGUUUUCUAGGGAAUUCAUGAUACAUUGUUGUUUAUCUAUUUGUCUCCUCUUUGUCUGUCUGUCUCUCAAUUUAAUUUAAUUCAAGGGCUUUAUUGGCAUGUGAAACAUAUGUUAA